GGAGAAGAUUCUCCAGUCAGCACAGAACACCUCCCUCUUCCUAUAAUAAUUGUACUAUCACCACCGCUGCCUCUACCCCAUCCACUUCAAUCUCUAACUCCAAACAACACAAUCGCCACUUCAAUGACUCACACUUCCGUUCAAAGGGAUCGCCGCAUCCUAUCAUUCCCGGCGGUUCACCCUUGCCAAACCAUAUCCCCCAACACCCUCCUCGCUUCUCUAAUCACUCUCUCCAACAACAUAACCAAUUACCAAUCCCAAUUCUUCCCCACCCAACGACGAAACGCACGAGAAACAAUACGCCAAAUCUCCAUUCUUUCCAUAUUCCUCCACGAAUUCCGAGAACGUGGAUUGUUUAUCCCUCACUCCACCAUCCUCUGUUUCUCAGAGCUCCACUUCACUUUACAAAAGAUUCACUUCUUACUACAAGAUUCUUCUCUCCAAGGCGUUCGCCUCUUGAUGCUCGCCAAAGCACAACACGUGGCAUCGCAGUUCCGCGCUCUCGUUCGCGCUAUGGCCACCGCUCUCGACGUUUUACCUAUUCAUGAAUUCCAGGUUUGCCACGAGGUCAAGGAGUUAGUGGAGUUAGUAACCAAGCAAGCCAGGAAAGCAAAAUUCGAACUGGACCCCAACGACGCGCGUGCAAGUGAAACGCUUCACUCGGUUCUGCGUCAGUUCGCGAGGGGAACCGAACCGGACCAGACUGCCAUGCAGGGAAUCCUCGACUACCUCGAAAUCAAAAGCUGGACGGAUUGUAACAAAGAGAUCAAAUUCUUAGAAGAAGAGAUUGGCUUAGAGUGCGAAGAAUGCGAGGAGCGAGGGGUUCCAUUUUUUAGUAGCUUGGUAGGGUUCUUAAGUUACUGCAGAGGAGUCAUAUUCGAAACUAUACUACACAGUGACACUAACCAAUCCGAAUCCGAAGCCAGGUUCAGCACGGAGAUGAUAACGCUAACGUCCGUUAACCCGGAGGAUUUCCGGUGCCCGAUUUCCCUCGAGUUGAUGAUGGACCCGGUAACGGUGUCAACGGGACAAACCUACGACCGAGCCUCCAUUCGCAAAUGGCUGAAAGCAGGGAACACCAAGUGUCCUAAAACAGGGGAGAAUCUAAAAAACACUGAGUUAGUCCCCAACACAACGCUCAAGAGGCUCAUCCAACACUUCUGCGCCGACAAUGGCAUUUCCCUUGCCAAGUCGUUUAACCGUAGCCGUGACAUAACGAGAACCAUCGUCGCCGGAAGUCCCGCGGCGGCGCACGCCGUGCAAUUCCUCUCGUGGUUUCUCACACGGAGGCUCGUGUUCGGAACACAAGAACAGAAACACAGAGCUGCGUACGAGAUUCGUGUGCUUGCCAGGUCGAGCAUUUUCAACAGAGCGUGUUUGAUUGAAGUUGGGACGGUGCCUCCUCUGCUGGAGCUUUUGGCCUCUGAGGAUAAAUCCACGCAAGAGAACGCGAUUUCUGCGCUGUUGAAGCUCGCAAAGCAUGCAAAUGGCCCCGAGAAUAUCAUGAACAGCGGAGGGCUAAAGCCUGUUCUCUCUGUGCUGAAGAAAGGGCUUAGCCUUGAAGUUCGCCAAACCGCGGCUGCUACGAUAUUUUAUCUUUCUUCGGUGAAAGAGUACAGGAAAACAAUUGGUGAGAACCCAGAAGUGAUUCCGGCUUUGGUAGAGUUGGUGAAGGAAGGAACAACCUGCGGGAAGAAGAACGCUGUUGUUGCAAUUUGUGGGUUACUUUUGCUUCCUAAGAAUCACCAAAGGGCGCUGGAAGCGGGUGCUGUUCCUGCAUUAGUUGGUGUUUUGGGUUCUUCUAACAAGGAUGAGCUUGUGACGGAGGCUUUGGCUGUUCUCGCGGCUCUGGCGGAGAAUGUGGAUGGAGCACGUGCCAUAUUACAAGCCUCGGCUUUGCGGUUGAUUACUGGGAUGUUGCGAUCUGCCACGUCACGUGCAGGGAAAGAACACUCUGCAUCGAUUUUGCUAUCGCUGUGUGUGAAUGUUGGUGGUGAGGUGGUGGGUGUUCUUGCUAAGGACCCCUCCCUCAUGCCUUUGCUUUAUUCGCUUCUCACUGAUGGCACUUCUCAUGCAGCCAAGAAAGCCCGCUUCCUCAUUAAAGUUUUACACGAUUUUAACGAAACUAGAACUUCCCGAUUCAAGGAUUCUUCGCCUCCUCAAGAACGAUCCCUUCACGUUUGGUGAAUGCGCCUUUUUUUUUUUUUUUAAUUGGUGUAAAUAUUGUAACAUUGAUUAAACAUUAGUUUUUGGCCCAUUGAUUUGUGAAAUUAGCUCUAAGCUCUUUUUUAUCCCGGCGAUCGAGCUAAUUUCAAUAAGUGAGCUGCAUUUAGCUUACAGUGGAAAGUGCAAAUUUUUGUCUGUCUCUAUCUAGUAAUUAUGAAUUCAAGUGGUGUGAAAUUUGAUGAUGAAAUCUGUAUAUUUGGAUUAGUUCUUUUCAUUUUCCCAAACAUUAUUUGGUUCCUCUGUGGAUACAUUCUGAAACUUUGGAUCAUUUCUUGAUCGUAGAACACGUAGAAUUGAGAGAAUUCUCUAGGAUUGAACGAAUAGAUUGUAUUACUAAGAUCAAUGAGUAAGCUAACGCUACAAUUCUGAGGAAAUAGUCAUUUAUUAUUGAGUUUUAUUAUUUGGACAAUUUUUUGAACACUUAUACCACAUUUUCAUAUUUUAUUACACUUCAACAUUUUUUUCUCCAUAUAUCAUAUCAGAGAGACCCCAUAUCUCCUAUGGUAAACAUUUCUGUCUAUUAUUCGCAAUUAUUUUUCUGUUGUAUGUAAUUUUGAUUUUCAUAGGCUAAUUUUGGAACUGGUUUGAGGAUAAAAAAUUACAGAAGUUGUUCCAAAACUUAUCAAGUAUAGCGUAGCCAAGCACUAUUGUUAAAACAAUUUUUGACAGUGACCUCGCUGAUGAAUCCUUGAUAAGAAUAGCUAACGUUGCUACUAAUCUGCAUUGAAGAUGUUGGCUUGAUUCUGGUUUGGCAAUUUUACCAAGAGCAUUAUCAUCACUAAUUCAAUUAGUUAAGCUUGUGUCCAGGAAUAAUAAUCAUGAUUUACUAGUAUCAAUAAAGUUAUUGUCUGAGUUUAGAGGGAGAGGGAGGAUAAGAAACAAUGAAAAAAGAACUAAAUAUAUUGUGGGGGGAACACGCAAACUAACAAUUCACAUUUGUAACUUAGUCAACUGAACUCAUUUGAUAUAACAAAAACAGGAUGGUUUAGCGACUACGAACCAGAAGACGUGUUUGAAAUUCAUUGUUAAGGCAUGGCUUUUAAACAUGAUAUUCAAAUGUACGUGUUUACACGGAUUUUCCAGCAAAUGAAUAAAUUUAAUAGUAAUUUAAAAUUUAAUUUUUGAUAUCUUAAUGAAUUCUUAUUAAUGUGUUUUUAAUAAAAUUAAUAAAAAAAAUGAAUA